AUGGACUUUUAUGGUAUCACACGUGGUACCAUUCGUGGUGAGGCUCUUAAGAAGUUGGCCGCACUCACGGUUGAGCACGUUCCAUCCAAUUUGAAAGAAAUUAAUACUGGUAUACAGAAGGAUGAUUUUGCUAAACUCUUGACGUCUACUCCUAAGGAAUUGCCCUUACGAAAAUCCAUCAACAGCAUCAAUGGUCCCCAGUUGUCCAAUGUCGCGAUGGCUCCCAAAGAAUAUGAAACUCUUGUUGCAUUGUGUGAUGCUACUGAAAAGCCAAUCAAGUUGCCAAGUCAAAUCAAGACCUUGAUCAAUAAGUUUAAGGUUUACUUGUUUGAAUUGCCAGAACAGCAAUUUGCGUACAGCAUUGUAUCCAAAUCAGUUGCUAUUGCUCCUUGGACAUUACUUGGUGAAAAGUUGACGAUUGCUUUAAUCAAUUUGGCUUAUCAAUCCAAUAGGCAAUACUUUGAUGAAAUUGUUGAAAUUUUCCAUCAAUUUACUGAAAAGCUUUUUGACAAUACUGAUUUGCAAUUGAGCAAUUUCCUCACCUUGAGUGGUGUCAUUGAUGGAUUGAACCAAAAUGCUCAGUUUUUAUCUUUUUCUUCAAGAACAUUCCGCAUUUUCACCAAUUUGGAUGCGGCAAUUGACAAUUCAGAGAUUCUUGGUGCCAUUGAGGAUUACUCAGAUUUUCUUUACGAUGACCCAAACCCAUACCAAGAAUUGUUGGAACGCGAUUUUUGUCUCAAUUUUUCACCCAUUCUUUAUCUUGAAAAAUUGUCGAGAUUGAUGUGCUCGAUUUUAGUUGAAAUUUUAGGCUCAAAAUCGCAAGAUUUGUUGCCAUAUUUGUUGACCCAAGCAGCCAAAAAGUAUGAUGAGGAUGAGAUCAACGGUAGAGCAGUUGUUGGACAUGGAAAAGACCCCUUGUCUUUCCCAAGAGCACAACUCGAAAUCAUUAAAAUCUUGACUGAUUUGGCCUUGAGAAAAUUGGAGUUUUUGGAUAGGGGUGAAACUUACAUUGUUUAUUCAACCACCAAUAGAUUAAAAUUGGGCUACUUGGCAAAAAGCUUCAACUUGCAGGUUUUGAGUUGCGGAAUGUUUACCAACAAUUUGGAUCUUGACACAUCUAAAGAGCUAUUCAAGACUAAUAUAGAGAUUAAGGAUGCCAUGUUGGAUCCUGAUUUGGGUUUAACGGUGUUUCAAUAUGGAUCAUUGUUGGUGUUCAAAGAUGACCUGAUUGGUCCUUUAUUGACGCGUGUUUUCACUUCAGUUAUUGCAAAUCCAAGGUUACAACCACAAUAUUGUUUGGACGUGUCAAAGUGUGUUGGGUUGGGAAGUAAGAGAUUGCCUCAAGAUGCCGUUGUUACUACAAUCUAUUCAUUAACCAACUUGUUAUUCGUCACGAAUGAAGGAUUACAAGGGCCUUCCAAGAGUGCCAGAAGGGCUGCUAAAAAUUACACGGGUGGAACUGAUAAUGCAUCGGCGAGAGAGUAUGCGUCAUCGCCAUUAUCUUCGAGAAGAACAUCAAUGACCUCAUUUUCCCAAUUGUUUAGCAAGGGAAGCAUGUCUGGUGAAUAUGAUGAGAAUGAUUAUCAAAAAGUGUGCGAAAAUGCAAUUACUGCCAUUAUUGAAGUAUCAGAGGCUUGUGACGAUGAGUCGAUUCCAGCUUUGGCCUGUACCAUCUUGUCGCAGAAAGUGACCAAGGUUGAAUCGCCAAUUGGGCCAUUGAUUUUAAAAGGAUUGUGUUCAUGUGCUCCAUAUGUGCCUGAACGUGAAUUUAUUGUUUUGGUGAGAUUAUUGAAUAAGUUGACUGUCGACUCAUUCGAAAGGAAAAAUGUCACCUUGUUGGGCCAUUUGAAUGACUCCAGAUUGAUUUUGUCGUCGAAAUUGAAACCAGACAAUCACUUGUAUUUUGUUUACUUGCACGAGUUAUUACUGUCGAUAAUCAGCAAAGGGGAUGUCCAACAAUUGGAGCAUCACAGAUCCCACAAUGAAAUUAGUGAAGUUGGAGAUCAAAUUGCAGUGUAUUUAAAACCAUUGGCUGAAUUGUUGCCCGAUGUUCAUUUAGGACAGGCACCUUUGAAAAUUGAAAAAACCGAAACAAUCAACUUGUUUAGAAACAUUUGGUUCAAUAUGGUUGUUCAUGGCUACAAUUUGAACUCUAAAAAUGCCAAAGUGUUUACCAAGGAAUUGGAAAGAAUUGCUUAUAAUACACCGCCAUUGAUGUCGGAAAGGUCUUGGGACAGGACUGAAACGUCAAUUGAGUUGAACACUGUGUUGAGACGUGGUUCCUCAAACCACAACAUCAAAGAGCACAAGACAUUUUUGGGUGAUAUAUUUGAAGUUCAUCGGACAAUUUCGUAUCCUAAGUUGAUGUUUUUGUCAGCUGCUGUCUUUUGUGAGAGUUUGCGAGUGCGUACUGGUGAUUGCUCAAAGAUCUUGUAUUAUUUCACCGAUCCAACAAGUAAGAUUUCAGGAGUUGAUAAAUUCUUGGGUCCUAUUGCCUUUAAAAUUAUUCGUGACUACAUUGGUUUAGUAAAUGCUGGUGCUAAUAAGCAAUUUACUUCUGAUCAUAUUGCAGAUCAGUUGACGACGAUGUUGACAUUGACUACCCACCCAGUGACUGAGAUGCAAGAUGCUUCUAUUAAAUGUUGUGACAUGUUGAUUAACAAAGUUUCCGCUUCAUUGUGUCAUAAGAAGUCGUUGUUUGCUCUUUUCGAUAUCUUGACAUUGUUGUUUCAAAGUAUUGCUGAUGCUGAUGUGCAUGAGUAUGAUCCAACCACGUCAUUCAGAGCAAGAUGCACGGGAAUCAAAAUCACCAUGUCUGAUGACUAUGAUUGGAGAUGUGCCACGUUCAAUCGGUUCCAUGAAAAGGCCAAGAAUUGGGUAGAUUUGUUGUUGUACAAGUCGAAUAUUGACGUCAAGAGUUUAAUUCAGUCUUAUGUUGCGGCAAAUGAGGAAUUGCAAUUUGAAACCCCAAUUCAGUUUGGCUUGUCAUUUGCAUUAAAGAUGUCGGGGUCCAUUUCAUCUCAUGAUCGCGACCUACAGGCAAUUACAUAUGCCAAUAUAUCUGCAUUAGAUACCACACCUUCAAUAGUAUCGCAGUUGAAUUGGAGAUCAAAUUUUGUCUCACAAAUUAUGAACAAAUUGCCACUUAGAACUGAUGAAGAAUCUGAUUUGGCAUUCAAAGCCAUUAGAGAAAAAGUUUACAAUAUAAAACUGAGAUUGUUUGACCACUUUACUGAGAAUCCAUCUGACGAGGAGAUUAUGAGUUUGUUGACGGAAAUUGCAGGGUUGACUAUGUUAUCUGAUGUUAACAAUGCCGAGUUGGUUCGGUACAUGGUUGAAAUACCCUUUAUAUUGUUUGAACCGCUGGUAAUGAUACCAGCUAGCGGUGUAUGGUUUGCUGUUAUGAAGGAUAAACCUAAAUUGAGUAUGUUGUUGCUUAGUGAGUUGGCACAAAAAUGGGAAGAAUCAAUCGAAUUGAGCAAAGGUUUAUAUUCGCAAGAGCUUGAUAUAGUGCAUCCCGAAUUUGACAAGAUGGAGUAUGCUCCAAGCAACAGGUCGAUUGAUGUCAAGUUGGCUGACAAGGCGCAAAGAAGUUUUGAGCCUCAUUUGGAAUUGGUUCGAUUAUUUGCCAGUAAUUUUGAAGCCACUUUGAAUCAGAGUGAUCAUUUGUUGAAAUUGUUUACUAGGUUUGUUGAAGUGGGGUUGAAAAACUUGAGGUUUGCUAGUUAUCAUCCGCUUUCGAGGUUGGUAAGAUUUGAAUUGAUCAAGUUUUCAUUUGAAGUUUUGCAAGUUCAUUUGAAAUUGGGAUCGAGAAUCUGUAAAUACUUGACGGAAUUGAUUUUCGAUGGGGCAUUGACUUGGUUUAGACAAAGGUUUGUUUACCCCUUUGGUGCCAACAAGUUGAAAUUCAAGAGCGAGGCGAUAGUGAUGAAUGAAGUGGCAAGAAUGGCUGGUGCAGUGUCGAUUUUCCGCCUGAAGGAUAUUGAGAUGAAACGAACUAUCUUUUUGCAAUUUCUUGAUGACGAAGUGUACAGGUUCAAUGUUUGGUUGACUUCGUUGAAUCCAAGUGAUACUUCAGGUUCGAUACUCGGUGCAUCGCAUCAAGUGACGAAUAGCCACAUUACGCGUGCUUAUGAAAUUGACCCCAUCUUGGCAAUUAAUUUGGCCAUGAGGUAUGAAAGCAAGAAUCAUGAUGAUUUGAUUCAGCAAUUGAUAAUCAAGAAUCCACUUCCAGCCGUCACGUAUCCUGAUGCUGUGCAAUUUUUCAUUGGUAUCAAUCUUGGAACUCAUAUGCCUUCGCAUCAGUUGUUGUUUUGGUCACCAGUUUCCCCAAUUGAUGCCAUUACAUUGUUUUUACCUCCAUUUGGUGCAAAUCCUUAUAUCUUGCAAUACACAAUGAGAUCAUUGGAAUCGCAUGAUGUUAAUUUGACAUUUUUCUAUGUGCCGCAGAUUGUCCAGUCAUUACGUCACGAUGCCAAGGGGUAUGUGGAACGUUUUAUUAUUGAAACUGCCAAAGUGUCGCAAUUGUUUGCACACCAAAUCAUUUGGAAUAUGUUGGCAAAUAGUUACAAGGAUGAUGAUUCCACAGAGCCAGAUGAUUUGAAGCCCGUGUUGGAUCGAAUUCAAGAAUCCAUGUUGAAGGAAUUGAGUAGUGAUGACUUGGCGUUUUAUCACAAGGAAUUUGGAUUCUUUAAUGAGGUUACUGACAUUUCCGGUAAAUUGAAACCAUACAUCAAGAAAUCCAAAGCGGAGAAAAAGGCCAAGAUUGAUGAGGAAAUGGCGUUGAUUAAAGUUGAGCCUGGUGUGUAUUUGCCAUCCAAUCCAGAUGGUGUGCUUGUUGACAUCAAUCGUAAGUCAGGUAAGCCAUUGCAAUCACACGCUAAAGCUCCAUUCAUGGCCACUUUCAAAAUCAAGAAGGAGUUGACCGAUUAUGAUGAACAUGGUAAACCGCAGCAAGUUGAGAUUGAGAAGUGGCAAAGUGCCAUUUUCAAGGUUGGUGAUGAUUGUAGACAAGAUGUUUUGGCGUUGCAAUUGAUUUCCAUCUUCCGUACCAUUUGGAGUGAUGCCGGAUUAGAUCUUUAUGUUUACCCAUACAGGGUCACUGCGACUGCUCCAGGAUGUGGUGUGAUUGAUGUUUUGCCCAAUUCCACAUCUAGAGAUAUGUUGGGUAGAGAGGCAGUUAAUGGAUUGUUCGAGUAUUACAUCACCAAAUUUGGCCCACAAAAAUCGAUUGAAUUUCAACGCGCAAGAAACAAUUUGGUGAAGUCGUUGGCGGCAUAUUCAAUUAUUUCGUAUUUGUUGCAAUUCAAGGAUAGACACAAUGGUAAUAUCAUGUAUGAUGACCAAGGACAUAUUUUACACAUUGAUUUUGGAUUCUGUUUUGAUAUUGUUCCUGGAGGAGUCAAGUUUGAAGCGGCACCAUUCAAGUUGACGCAUGAGAUGGUUAUGGUUUUGGGUGGAAAUGAAAAUACUCAAGCUUUCAAGUGGUUUGAAGAGUUGUGUAUCAAGGGUUACUUGGCAUGUCGUCCAUACAUGGAAUUGAUUGUUCGGACAGUUGUGCCCAUGUUGGAGUCAGGGUUGCCUUGUUUCAAGGAUACCACUAUAAAAAAUUUACGUCUGAGGUUUGUUCCUGGUAAGAGCGAUAAAGAAGCUGCAUUGUAUUUCAGAAAGUUGAUUAAGAAGUCGAUGGAGAGUUUCUAUACCAAAGGGUAUGAUGAAUUCCAGAGAAUUACCAAUGGUAUUCCUUAUUGA